AUGGACCAAUGUCUGGUCACUAUUUUGCUCAGUGUCCGAAAGCUGCGGGCCAAGAAUGGAAGCAGCGAUGUGCCGGGACCCAGUCACUCCACUGCGGAGGAGACGGACAGUGCCGAAGACGAGGAGGACGACUACUUGGAAGAGGAGACAGACGACGGGAGCAGUGAAAACACAGCCGAGGCUCUGUGUCCGCCAGUCUAUCAGGGCGUUCGGAGUGCUCCUUACGGCCACCCCCCAACAUUUCCACCUGCCAUCCAACACCUACCCCAGUUUCCAGCAAACUUCAUGGCCAGUGCAGCAGCAAACAUCAUGGCCAGUUCAGCGGCGAACAUCAUGGCCAGCUCAGCAGCAAACAUCAUGGCCAGUUCAGCAGCAGCGAAGCCAGACGACGACUAUGAUUCUUGAGGACUUUACAGAACUGCAAUAUACACACACACACACACACACAUAAAAAAAAAAAAGAGCGGAUGUGAUAUGCAACCAACCUCAUUCACAAGGCUUGAGAUGACUGAAGUGCUUCGUGUGGCUUUCGACGCUCGAGUCACCAGCUGAUAAGAUUGACUAGAAUGAUAAGUGGAGUGAUGAAGUACAUGUUCGCAUUUUUCACAGUGGGGUGUGGAGCAACCUACUUGUUCAUUACCUAGAAAUCGAGGUCUGGGUGUUUGUGCUUUCAUUGCCAAUCCAAGGAUGGAGACAAAAAGCAAGCCAAGCCAAGGCACACAGAAAACUGGAACAGCUUGCGAGGGAGCAUCCAAUGCUUUUGGCGUAUAAUUUGCGCCAAUUUGUGAAAAUCCUGUCAGAAGCUCAGAGUGACACGAAUGAAGCUUAGAGUGACACCAGUGCGACCCUGGUGCAGCACUAGAGUGGUCACUUGCUUAGCAGCAAGGCAAAUACAAGUGCUUGGCGACAAAGCCUGGAUUGUUCAUAAGCAUCAGCAUUUCACCAGCCCUGUCUUACAAAUGGGACUCUGCGCCGAAACUGUGCGAAGCCUUCAGAUGCACCUACAGAGCAUGCCAUACGCUCCGCAUAAAGCAUACCCUCACUGUACCCGGCCCCCAUUUUCCCUAUCUCCCUUUCACAUCGCCCUUCCAAGAGUGUUCAUUCAUUUGUGUCACCCACGUCAUCGUUGUCACGUCGUGAUGUCCCAGAAGAUGCACGUCUGCGUCUGCCACUGAAGCAUCCCUCGAGGUUGUGUUGUACAUAGGCGGCCCUUUCCUUCCACGUUGUCCGUCAAGGUGUGACGUAGUAACUUAAGUUGAACAUAAAAUGUUUGCUAAUAAAAUUGAUUUUUUUAUACUUGUG